AUGUCCCAAGAAUACAAAUUAAAAGACAUCUCCUCUUUCGCAUCCCUCAACUCUCUAGACAAGAUCGAGGCUGAAAUCGAAGGCAUUGAGGAUGGGAAAGUUCUUCUCAUCAAGCUAGAUGAUAAAGUCCAUGCCCUCAGUCCGCGUUGUUCGCAUUAUGGAGCACCACUGAAGAAUGGUGUCGUUACUGGAGAAGGGAGACUUACAUGUCCCUGGCAUGGCGCCUGUUUCAAUGUCACAACGGGUGAUGUCGAAGAUGCCCCAGCUCCAAAUGCCCUGAACAAGUUUGAAGUCUUUGAAAAAGAGGGCGGCGUGUACAUCCUUGCCAAAGAAGAAGAUGUCAAAGCAGGACAGCGUAAUCCUGUUGUGAAAUGUAGUGUGUCAGAUCCGAAGGAGAAGGUGGUUGUGAUUGGAGGAGGAAGCGGAACUCUUGGCCUGAUCCAAGCCCUGCGGGAGCUUAAAUACCCUGGGGCAAUUACGAUCAUCUCCAAAGAGCCUGAUCUGAUCAUAGAUCGGACCAAACUAUCCAAAGCCCUAAUCACAGACCCAGCCAAGAUCCAAUGGCGGCCAAAAGAGUGGUACACCGAAGCUGCCAUAGAAACCAUCACAGAUGAAGUGACAGCCGUGGAUUUCGAGCAGAAAUCUAUCUCCACCAAAUCUGGCCAACGUAUUUCUUACACGAAACUAGUCCUUGCAUCAGGUGGUGUCCCACGCACCCUCCCGCUCCAAGGUUUCAAAGGCGAACUAAACAACAUCUUCACCCUCCGCACGAUCCAAGACGUGCAGUCAAUCCUCACGGCCGCCGGUUCAGAGAAAAGAAACAUCGUGGUAAUUGGCAGCUCCUUCAUCGGCAUGGAAGUUGGCAAUGCGCUCUCAAAAUCCCACAACGUGACAAUAGUAGGCAUGGAAACCUCCCCAAUGGAGCGCGUAAUGGGUACCCAAGUCGGCCGCAUCUUCCAAUCAAAUCUAGAAAAAGCCGGCAUCAAAUUCAACCUCUCAGCAAGCGUUAGCCACGCAGAGGCCUCCCCCUCAAACACCCACAGCGUCGGUGCAGUCCACCUAAAAGACGGAACAAUCCUCCCCGCCGACCUCGUCAUCCUAGGCGUGGGCGUCCGUCCAGCCACAGACUUCCUCCGUGACAACAAAUCCAUAACCCUAGAAAAGGACGGAUCUGUCAAAACAUCCUCCCAUUUCCUCGUCCCAGGCCUGCAAGACUCAGUCUUCGCUGUCGGCGAUAUAGCAACGUACCCAUACCACGGCCCUGGCGCUGACGCUACCGGAUCGCCAGUCCGCAUCGAACACUGGAACGUCGCGCAAAAUUCGGGGCGCGCGGCUGCACGCGCGAUUGUGCAUGCGCAGCGUGGUCCGCUGUCGUCUUUGAAAUAUAAGGCGUUUAUUCCGGUGUUCUGGUCUGCGCUUGGAGCGCAGCUGCGGUACUGUGGAAACCCUGUCAACGGGUAUGAUGAUGUAAUUUUGCAGGAGAAGGGGGAGGGCAAGUUUGUUGCUUAUUAUACGGCUGGAGAGACCGUUGUGGCAGUUGCUACUAUGGGGGUAGAUCCCGUUAUGACUAAGUCUUCGGAGUUGAUGAGGGUUGGAAAGAUGCCAGGGAAGAAAGAGAUUGUUGGCGGCGCCGAUGUAUUGGCUCUUAAAGUCUAG